AUGUUCAGGCCUGACAUAAUAUAUCAAAACCAGCGGUCUGGACACUGGCCUCAGCAUUUUAAUCCAAGAGGACAAUUUUUACGACGGAAUGCUGUUGUUAAUCGUUUUCGGCCUCCAGUGUCUUCAAGUGCACAAAUUAAUUAUCAGUUUUGGUGUGAAACUUGUGAUAAAGGUUUCCAAACAUUGCUACUAUUAAACAACCACAAAUUACAGCAUGAGAAAUGCAACAUUGAUGGGUGUCAAUUUGUCGCUCACCCCAAAAUUAUCACAAAACAUAUUCAAAUGCAACAUUCAACAGGAUUGUAUGAAAAAAUUGCAAAGUUAAAUAACCCUGAAGAGAUUCAAAAAUGGAGAGAAGAGAGAAAACGAAAGUAUCCUACAAAACAAAACCAAGAAAAAAAGGCAGCAGAGGUCAAAGAAAAGGUAGAAAGAGGUGAAAAAAUGGGAUUAAUGAGAUUAAGAGAAAGUAAUAAACAGAAAUCAGGUGGGUUAACAAUUUUUUUAUAUAUAUAUGUUGUCAAAUUUUAUUUGGCAAUUGGGAUAAACAUCCAUUGUUGA